AACCAUCUCAACUAUGUCGUUUCAAGAUGUACUUCGUCGAGGAGAUGAUUUCCUUGGGGAGUAUCCUCGUCGAUCUAAGCUUUGGAAUUAUAUGUCCCAUGCCACAUGUUUGUUCAUGAUUGUUAACUCAAAGAUUUUAUUGAAUGUUCUCUAUAAACCUCAUCUCCACAAUAUUGAGAAACUUGAUAAUGCCCUUGAUAAAGCUAGGAAGGAGAAAAGGUCAUUGCUUACAGUUAUGAACCACAUGUCUGUUGUGGAUGAUCCAGCAUUUUACUCAGCAUUGCCCAUGAGGUUCCAUUUAGAUAUUGAUACCAUCAGAUGGGGCUUUGGUGCUCAUAAUGUGUGUUUUUCAACCAUGUUCCAAUCUUGGUUUUUCAACUUGGGUAAAAUCCUCGGAACCAAAAGAUUCGGGGAAGGACCUUUCCAAGGUUCUGUUGAUGCCGCCAUUAGAAUCUUGAGUCCCGACGAUACUCUUGAUCUCGAAUAUACUCCACAAUGUAUCGAUGUGCAAAAACCAAUCGUUCUCCAAACAGUGAACAACCCAAUCCAGGAAAAUAAAGAGUUGGUCAAGUUUGUCAAACCAAGUCCGGAAUCCACAAAUGUUCUCAUGUCUAAAUCCCCAUUCAUUCGUACGAAAACUUCCUGGUUCCAUGUGUUCCCUGAAGGUUUUGUCAUGCAAUUGGAAGAACCGCAUAAUAAUUCCAUGAGAUAUUUCAAAUGGGGAGUGGCAAGAUUAGUUCUUGAACCAACGCGGGCACCCGUCGUAGUCCCAAUGUUCUCAUUUGGAUUUGAGAAGAUUGCUCCUGAAGAUUCUCCAGAAAAGGGUGUUUCUCGUUGGUUGCCAGCUAAUUUCGGGGCAGAGAUUCAUGUAUGUAUAGGAGAUGCUAUCUCGGAUGAAAAAAUAGAAAGCUUUAGGCAAGAAUGGAGACUGUUAGUAAAGAGGUACAUUGACCCAUUGAAGCCAAAUGAUCUUUCUGAUGAAUUGAAAGACGGAGAAUGGGCUCGUGAAUUGAGAUCAAGAGUGGCAGCAUAUUUAAGGCAAGAAGUGUUGAAUGUAAGAGAAGGAUUGGGAAUAUUCAAACCUGAAGACCCGCGAUUCAAAGACCCCAAGUUCUGGAAAGAGUUUACUUCUACCGAAGGUAUGUCUGACCCUAGUGUCAAGUUCAUUGGUAAGAACUGGGCCAUCCGUAGAUUUCAAUCUCAUUUGCCUGAGUAUGACGGCAGUGCUAAACCAAAUAAGCUUGAAUAAACUUGUACAUAGUUAACGCUUUCUAUAGAACCG